AAGCGAGAGCGCCCUCUCCCCCACGAGGAGAAGGAGGGCACGGGGGCUUGGCAUUUUCCCCCGGAGCGGCCCACGCACAGCAGAAAAGACCAUGGGGUGCAUUAAGAGUAAGGAGGAUAAAGGUCCUACCAUGAAAUAUAGAACUGAGAAUACUCCAGAGACCAUUACUUCCCCUGUCAGCCAUUAUGGAUCUGAUUCAACCCAAACUAAUCAGUCACCUACAGUAAAAGGAUCAUCGGUGAAUUUUAAUAGCCAUUCCAUGACUCCUUUUGGUGGGUCAUCUGGUAUGACACCUUUUGGAGGAGCAUCUUCCUCAUUUUCCUCAGUGCCAUGUCCAUAUCCUAGUAGUCUAACAGGGGGUGUUACUGUUUUUGUGGCCUUGUAUGAUUAUGAAGCAAGAACUACAGAUGACCUUUCAUUCAAGAAGGGUGAACGCUUUCAGAUAAUCAAUAACACGGAAGGAGACUGGUGGGAAGCAAGAUCUAUUGCAACAGGAAAAAGUGGCUACAUUCCUAGCAAUUACGUGGCUCCUGCAGAUUCCAUUCAGGCAGAAGAAUGGUAUUUUGGUAAAAUGGGCAGGAAAGAUGCAGAAAGAUUACUUUUAAAUCCUGGGAACCAGCGUGGUAUUUUUUUAGUCCGAGAAAGUGAAACCACAAAAGGUGCUUAUUCCCUUUCUAUACGUGACUGGGAUGAGAUUAGAGGUGAUAAUGUGAAGCACUAUAAAAUUAGAAAACUUGACAAUGGUGGAUAUUAUAUUACAACAAGAGCACAAUUUGAAUCUUUACAAAAGCUGGUCAAACACUAUACAGAUCAUGCUGAUGGCCUGUGUCAUAAAUUAACAACUGUGUGUCCAACUGUGAAACCUCAGACACAGGGUUUAGCAAAGGACGCCUGGGAAAUCCCUAGAGAAUCUUUGCGGUUAGAAGUUAAGCUGGGCCAAGGGUGCUUUGGUGAAGUAUGGAUGGGUACAUGGAAUGGAACUACAAAAGUUGCAAUCAAAACACUAAAACCUGGUACAAUGAUGCCAGAAGCUUUCUUACAGGAAGCUCAGAUCAUGAAGAAAUUAAGGCAUGAUAAACUUGUUCCACUUUAUGCUGUAGUAUCUGAGGAGCCCAUCUACAUUGUCACUGAAUUCAUGACAAAAGGUAGCUUACUAGAUUUUCUUAAGGAAGGAGAAGGGAAAUAUUUAAAGCUUCCACAGCUAGUGGAUAUGGCUGCCCAGAUUGCUGAUGGCAUGGCCUACAUUGAAAGAAUGAACUACAUUCAUAGAGAUCUUCGGGCAGCUAAUAUUCUUGUAGGGGAUAAUCUGGUGUGCAAAAUUGCUGACUUUGGAUUAGCAAGAUUAAUAGAAGACAACGAGUAUACCGCUAGACAAGGGGCCAAAUUCCCAAUUAAAUGGACAGCACCUGAGGCUGCAUUAUAUGGUCGGUUUACAAUUAAAUCUGAUGUCUGGUCAUUUGGAAUUUUGCUGACAGAGCUCGUAACAAAGGGACGUGUGCCAUACCCAGGAAUGGUAAAUCGGGAAGUUUUAGAACAAGUAGAACGUGGCUACAGAAUGCCUUGUCCUCAGGGAUGCCCAGAAUCUCUUCAUGAAUUAAUGAAACUGUGUUGGAAGAAAGAUCCUGAUGAAAGGCCAACAUUUGAAUAUAUUCAGUCUUUCUUAGAAGAUUAUUUUACUGCUACGGAACCACAGUACCAGCCUGGAGACAACUUAUAAAUUGGUGGCUUACAUCCCAUGCACAAAUAUGCCAAAUGUAGAGUACUUUUUAAAAAAUAUCUUGCUAAUUGGAAGGACUCAAAGGCAAAUUGCAAUUUGCAUGCUCUUGUUAGCUGGCAAACUGGAAUUCUGAAAUAUGGUUGCACAAAACCACUUUUUAAAGUGUUAUACCUAAAUGUAUCAAUGAUAUAUUUUUCUCCCAUAUUAUAUCAGGGUCCAAAGGAAAUACACUGAAAAAAUGGGUGGUAAAAUUAGCAUUGCUAUAACGAAUAGUGGAGCUGCUGAUCUCUUUCUCUUCUAACAUUUAAGACAUACUAGUAAAGGCAACAUCAGCCAUUUGAAUAAACUUCUGAAUGGAAAUGGUCAAAGAAUAACAGAAAGCAGUUUAUGGGACCAACAAUUCAAUGUUAGUGUUAAGAGGGCUUUAAAUAUGGAAUUAAUACAUUUUUCUUCUUGGGGUUCAUUUCCUAUUGAUUUAAUUAGGGUAGCUCUAAGCAGAUGGCAGCAUCUGGCCACCCUUCUCUGGGCUCAGAAGUUAGACAUGGUUAGUCCUUGGAAAAGCUUUGUGGCUGGGAAAUGGAAAAAACAUCAUGGAUGAAGGAAAUGGUAAAUUAACUCUGUAUUGUUGCCAAGAAAACUACAUGGAUGUGCCUAUGAAGUCACCAGGAGUCAACUUCAACUCAAAGAAAACUUAAUUAGGGUAGCCAAACCAUUCUGAAAGCAAGUGAUUUAUGAUAAACUUGAUUAAAUACUAGACCUCAGUGAUGGAACUGAAGAGGAUGUUGCACUGUGCUGAAACUUUAUAUUAAUGUACCAUAACUGGAAAGUAGCAUAUUUUAUUUUCUACAUAGUUUAAUUAAGAAUGAAGUUAACUUCAUAAAGCAUUAACUCAUUUUGUAAUUAAGUUACUAGAGUACAAUGUUCAAACCUGAAACUGCAAAAUGCAAUCAGAGGGAAAAGGUAACAUCUUAACCUUUCAAGAUGUAGUGUUUCAAAGUUUCAAUUUCUAGUGAAACAUGUCCCAGUUUGGUUUUUUUUUUUAGAAGACACAGAUCUGAAAAAGGAAGAAAAGUGGCAAAUGCGUAUGAAUGCUCACAAAAUGUUCAGGGAUUCACUAGAUUGCACUGCUUCUAUUUGUCAUGUAUCUCUGUCAAAACAUUUAUGAAAAAUACUGUUUAAAAUCUGAGAGUCAAUGGAUUGGAUCUAAAUCUGACCCUCUAUGAAUGAAAUGACCUCUUAUGUUGGCAGAGACAACCACCUCACACUGAACUGGAGCAUCCUCCAACCUCACCUCCCCCCAUCAUAUUUUGAGAGAGGUAGAGGAUGGAGGAAUUGGUGUGAAUUGCUUUCCUCUCUUCUGCAGUUCACAGAGUUCUGCUCCAGAUUCUGGAUUCAGACCAGCAUACUAACUGUUGAGAUAAUGAUGGCACAUUAUUGAUGGAGAGUAGCCCAACUUUUACAUAAUACAUUAGGAUUCCAACUCAACAGAGAAUAAAUGGUUGCAAAUGUACAACUCUUUACAAAAGCAGCAUCCCAUCAAUAAGCUAUUAUGAGAAUGGUCUGAAUCUGUCUCCUCCUCGCAAUCCUUUCCUUGGGAGGAGUUAGACUUUUCUUAGCCAUUAUGUAUAGCUUUAAAGUAUAGGAGCAGACGGAGCACCUGAUGCCAAAUUCAGCUAAUGAUAUUAAUUAAAACUGCACACAUAUACUGCUCACAAGUAUAUUGGGGAGUAGGAGAUAUCAUAACCUCUGUCAUAUCAAGCAAUAAAAUCAUCUUGGCAUUUUAGAAUUUUCCACUCAGAACCAAUUUUGCACUUCAAAGCUUUUCUGUGAAAAUUAUCAUUACUGUUCUUAUCAGAAAAAUCAUACAGAUUUAGUUCUGGUGAAACAAAUACAAACUUAUAAAAUUGUGCAAUCAAGUGGCAUUUUCUUUUCUCAUUUAUAUCCCUAACUAUGAAAUUUUUAAAGGGCUCUAUGUAGCAAAUAUUACAGGAUUUUAAUUCCUUUUAUAUUCUAAAAUGGUUAGUGCAGUUGUGUUUAUGUAAUAUGCAUAUGCCAGAAAACUAGUCUGGUGUUAUUUGGAUUUUAAUUAAAAAUGGAACAAAUCAUUGUAACAAAUGUAUAGUAAGGAAAUUUAAAAAAAAACAGUAAUUUAAUGAGUUUAUUGAAGAAAAAUAUGUAUUUUUAAAAGUUAUCCUUCCAUGUGUUUUUUCUUGUUUUAUAGUGUAUUACCUCAAGAUUUUAAUGUGAGCAAAUAAUUCAACAUAACACUUUUCUAUAUAGUAAUACAUGUAAAAGUGUGAUUAUUUUUUAUAAAGCAUGAUGUUGAAUUUGUUUCAUGAGAUUAAUUUUAAAGUCCUAAUUACAAAAUUAUUUUUUAAGAAAAUAACCUGGUAAAUUCCAAGUUGCUUUGAAAUGAAACAAUCCUAUAUAUACUUAUCGGGGAUUAAGUUUAAUUGACUAAGUUUAACUGACUGAGACUUCCAAGUUGACGUGCAUAGCGCUGCUUUAUUUCUUUUUAUAAUUCUUGAUCUUUAGAGGAUAAUCUGAAAUAUGUUGUUUUAUUUUGUAUUCAUUAGCAGAUUUCGGCAGUCUACAGAAUACAUCAUCUUGUAGCUGCCAUGAUGUACUUUUAAGGCCUUUUUUCUUGCCCUAGAAGCAUUAGAAAUUGUUUUAGUUCUUUCUCUGGAUAGGUUUGCAUAUCAAAAUAAGCCAAAGCAAGCAUGCUUUUAUUAUUGCAUGGUUACUUACACUUCUGUCAGCAUAAGUUAAGCAAAUCCAGAAACUUCCAUUCCUGAUUUAUUUAGCCUUGUUAGCUAGGGAUCCCAAAUCAAGAAGAAAGAAAUUGAACCCAGAAAUUAUUCCUGACUUUCAUUUCAGUUAAGUAAUUAAUCAGUUUUUGGCUGGUGAGGACAUAAAGCAGCCAAAGAUCCUGGUCUAGAAGCAAAUAAAUCAUGAUGAAAGCUUCCUGAUUUGUUUAACUGGUAUCUGCUAGCAGAAGGAGCUAAACCAGACAGACUGUGCGCACGAGCACACUUGUUCAUUCCCAGUAAAUCACUUUUCACUGUGUAUGAAACUGGAAUGCUAUUUCAGACAGUUACAUUAUUCCUUUAAAAUGCACUCAGUUAUUCCAUCUUCCAUUAAAUCAUUACAUGUCCAUAAGGCACUUUGCUAUAUUAACAUUAUAAAAGUGCAUGACACACUUUGUUACUUUAUAAACACAAUUGAUAGGUAUACAUCUCAGUCUUUGGGAUUAAGCAUCUCCAUUUAGAAAUAUUGGUAGAUACUCCCCCUCAUGAGCCCUCAGCCCCCCCCCCAAAAAAAUCGGAAGGAGAUGAUGUGUGUUUCCCCAAUCCUGAAGACAUGUGAAAGGUAGGGAUGGGAAGGAGCUGACUAUAACAGGGUUACUGCAUAGUAAUUCCAAGUGCAGAUCUUGGAAUUUCAUCUUUUCCUAAACUAUGUGCUAUGUUGGUUAAUCGUGUGGAAAAUACAGUAGCCCCCCUCAUAGCCGGGUGGUAAUUUUUCUACUAAAUUAAUUGUCCUUUGUUGGACUUGGAGCAAUAAGCACAAUUUCAGUUGGAAAUAAAGGAUACCACCAUUUUCUGGUAUGGCUCCUUCUAGUUUCAUUGGAACUUUCAAUGGGAAAGUCUAAUAUAACCUCAGAUUAUUUUUUGUUAAUUUUAUUCCAUGCCUCCUGCACCAUCUUAUUUUUCUGUCAAUACUGUACAGUCUGACCCAGCAUCUCCAGUGUCCAGAAGUGGCGCUGUAUGUUAAAAAGGUAAAUUACUGUACUAGAACAAUUUUCAAAAUAUCAAAUAAUGCAAAUUUUUACAUUUUCCACUCUUAUGUUUAUUGCAUUUUCAGCACUUCCUGUACUGUAAUCAUUGUUAAUCAGUUAAGAAUGAUUUUUAUAUUGUAUUGAAAACAAUUGUGUAACAUUUCUGAUAGAAACUGUAGUGCAAGCCUUGUGUAUCAGUUUUGUUGAAGCUUGUGUGGUAAUCUUUUGUUUGGUUUUCCUAUCAUGUUAUAUUGACAAGCUUAAAUAUUUUUAAUAUUUUAUUACUUUUGCAUAAUUAAACUUCC